CUGUUGCUUGCUAUUAUGACUACCACGCCAAAUCUUCGCUCCUAAGCUUUCUUCUUCUUACUCCCUCCUCUUCUUCUUCCUAAUCAUUCAUCGAUUCUCUCUCUAGAAACCAUAAUGCGGUGCUUCCUUGGCUUCGGUAACUGUUGCUUUGCGCCUUAAAACUGAGAUAGACAAAAAGAUAAGGCCUAAAACCACAAGGGUCUUCAGGGAACGAGGAGGACCUUGCUUCCCGCGUUUUCCAUGCCCUUUUCACUCUUCUCUCUCAUGCGUGCAAGCUAUCCCCAACCCCAACAUCUAAAACCCCCAACCCAACUUUUUUGUUGGGUCACACAAAAGUUUCAAGCUUUCCUCUAAUUUCAGCUCUCAAUUCUCUUUCUUUCCUCUUUGAUUUGCUUUGUUUCCGUUAUUUAAACAGAACCCAUCUUCCAUCUCCAAAGAGUUUCCUUGUUUGUGCCCACCAGCUGUUCGAUAAAAUUCCCAGCUUCUGCAUGAGAAAGAAGGGUACAAUUAGCAAGCUGGCCAAGUUUCUAAGCUGACUUCUGGGUUUGUUCUGUUUUUUUCCUUAUUGUUUGUCUAGAUCUGAGUUGAAGCUAUGGGAAGCCAUAUGAGCAAGAGGACUGCCACUGAGACAUCGUCGUCUGCUAUAAAUCUGACCACUUUUCAGUACACAACUGAUCAGUUGAGCUCAUAUGAGGCUGCUUGCAAGGUUGAUGCUGACUUGCAGUCGUUUGAUACCAACCUCCAAAACCGAACCAAUCAAGUUAUCACCACUCUUGCAGCAGGAGUUGAAGUUCGAGCUCUGUCGUUCGAUUCCUUGAAACAAGUGACGGAAUGUUUAUUGGAGAUGAACCAGGAGGUUGUCAAGGUAAUAUUGGAAUGCAAGAAAGACAUUUGGAAGAAUCAGGAAUUGUUUGAGCUGGUCGAGGAGUACUUUGAGAAUAGCUUGCAGACUCUGGACUUUUGUACUGCAUUGGAGAAGUGCCUGAAGCGAGCUCGUGAUAGUCAACUGCUCAUUCUUGUUGCCCUUCAACAAUUCGAGGAGGAAACUGAGGUGGGAGGCAGUCGGUACACAAGGACAAUGGAGGAGUUGAAGAAUUUUAAGACUGCUGGUGACCCUUUUACUGAAGAGUUCUUCCAAAUGUUUCAUACUGUUUACAGGCAGCAAAUACAGAUGCUUGAGAAGUUGCAUCUUCAAAAGAACAAGCUGGAUAAGAAGCUCAAGUACAUCAAUGCUUGGAGGAAGGUCUCGAGUAUCAUAUUUGUUGCCACUUUUGCUGCAGUCUUGAUUUGUUCGGUUGUGGCAGCAGCCAUGGCUGCUCCGCCUGUCGCAGCAGCUCUGGCUGCUGCGACUUCUAUCCCCGUUGGUUCAAUGGGAAAAUGGAUUGACUCUUUGUGGAAGAAUUAUCAAAGUGCUAUGAAGGGUCAGAAGGAAGUAAUUAGCUCAAUGCAAGUGGGUACUUAUGUUGCCAUCAAGGACUUGGACAGCAUUCGAGUUCUGAUUGACCGAUUGGAAAUUGAAAUUCAGUCGCUCAUGGAUAAUGCAAGCUUUGCUAUUGAGCAAGAAGCAGUUAGGAUUGCAAUAGAGGAGAUUAAGAAGAAGUUGGGAGUAUUUAUGAAGAAUGUUGAGGAAUUGGGAUCUCAAGCUGAUAUGUGCAGCCGAGACAUUCGAAGAGCAAGGACUGUGGUUCUGCAGAGGAUUAUCAAGCAUACCAACAACUGAAAACUUGACCCAUCCUUGAUGUUCAACCAGGUGCUGUUUUGAUGUUGGAGGAUUCUAAAGUUAUGUGACUUUCUGUUUUUUUCAUCAUAUUUGUUUAUUUUUAGUUUGUACCUUGAAUCCAGUCAAUUGGAUGGAUUUAUGUAUAAAAAUAAUCCAAGACUCAUACUUUCAGCCUUUCUCAAAUGUUAGGAAGCAACUGACUUGUAGUUCCUUUGACGUUAUGAUUAGUCUUCAAUCUAAUUAUUGGUUACUAGA